ACUUUUUUUUUGUGUGAUCUAGAGAAAAAAUUUGCCCUGGGCAACGUUUUCUGAUUGUUCAUAUCCAGUCCGGAGUUCGUUUCGAUGCGCGGGUAUGAGACGAGCAACAUGAAGCAUUAUGAACCACUGGUUCAUCCGUAUCACGGCUUUGGCACCCUUGGAGUCCAGCCUGCGCAGCACUUUUACUUCUCUUCGGCAAACUUGAUGGGAAAGGCCGUUUGCAACCCUAUACCCUAUACGGCCCCUCCUGACACAAAUAAACUGAGGUUUCCGUCUUCCGGUGUAGCUCCGAUUACAAAGAUUAUCGAAGAAGAUGAACCUCCACCACCCGGUCUCACAACUCCACCCAUGUCACCCAAACCUGGUGGGCUCGAUGAAGACGGGAUUCCAAGAGAGCUAGGGGAAAUGCAGAAGCCGGACUCCUGCAAACUCUGCUCGGUUUUGUUUUCAUGCAAUCUGAAAGGCCAAAUGCAUUAUGCUAGUCGUGGUCACAAGCGGAAAGUGAAGCAGUUCACCAUAGACUAUUGUCAGAAGCAUCGACUGUCUCUGCCAGAACAAUUCUGGGUCAAACCCGUUGUCCAAAAGGUGGCAGUGCCAAGCAUGCGAUGUCGGAUAUGUCAGGUGUCGUUCGCCGAUAAUGUGGAGGCUGACAAGCAUUUUUCCGGCAUUUGUCACGACCGCCGGCUUGAUGGAUUGCCUCCGCUUCGGACAGGGUUCUACAACAAACUUAGUGGAAAAUGGCAGAAGAAGCCGCCGACAGCUCACAACCUCAGAAAGAAAAUAUGGUGGAAGCCAGUGAAUACGUACAGGGAUGACGUUGUGGAGAUAGGAUCUGCGGGUCAACGAAAAGUGCUGAAGUGAAAAAAUGCAGCAGUUUUGCAGUUUUUUCUUUUUUAAGUAGUGCGUGAGAAAUGGAUGAAAUCCUUGUUUUGCUCUGCGCGCGAAGGAUGCGCUUGGGUCCCGUUGUCCGUUUCGUUCUGACCGGAUUUUGAGGCUUGCGGAAUGGACAAGGGAAAGAGGUUUUUGUUCGGAUUCUUGAAGAAUGCAAAAAUGUUUCAAAUCCGUUUUUUUCUGCACUGUAAGACAUUUUAUCGUUUCGUUCUGUAUCAAGCGGGUGUUUGUUUUUUGUUCUCACGGUGUGUCGAAUCACAUUUUGAAAAGCCGCUUGACGUCGAAACACUUUCGUUGUGUGUGUUUUUUUAAGGUACAUCCUGGCGGGUCUCAUUUGGAAAAUGAUUUGAAUUGGGGCAUUUCUUCGCAGUUUUCCCUUACUGUUAUGAAAACCCUUGGGUGGAUGAUUGAGAUUGAAUUUGUCUUGGACGAAA